AAACGAGGUUGACCCCGGGGUUACAAAUAUGGUUUCUUCGGUUUUAUGAAGAAGUUGACACGGAGGGAAGCACUAGCACUAUACAGGUGAAGUAAACAUCGGCUGAGAUGAGGAGGAACACCGUUACACUACUGAAAUAUCUGAUCGUGGGGUGUGUCAUAGUUCUAGGGGGGCCCCUCAUUUUGAGGAAACUCUUUGGUUCAGAUUCACCUCCAGAUCUCUAUGUAGAUGCUCGUAAUGUAAUGCCAAAAGCUCCGGAAAACGGAAAGAAACCUCAUGCAGAUGAACCACUGCAAAAAAUUGAUUGGCAUGACUAUAAGAAAAUCGCAGAGGAGGAGCAGAGACAAGGACCUGGUGAGCAAGGGCAGGCAGUGAUUCUCUCCCCUGAGGACGAGAAGAAGAAGGGGGAUCUGUACAAAGUGAAUGGUUUUAAUGCCUACGCUAGUGAUAAAAUCUCCCUCCAUAGGUCUCUCAAAGAUAUUCGUCAUUCAGACUGUAAGAAGAAGAAGUACUUGAACCAUUUGAUGAAUGCUAGCGUGAUUGUUCCGUUUCACAACGAGCACUGGAGCACGCUACUGAGAACGGCAUGGAGUGUACUCAAUCGUUCUCCGAAGCAUCUCAUCCACGAAGUUAUACUGGUGGAUGAUUACAGCAGCAAAGAGCACUGUAAGCAGCCUCUUGAUGACUAUGUGAAGGAACACUUUACCAAUGUCAAGGUUGUGAGGGCUAAGAAGAGGGAGGGGCUGAUCAGGACCAGACUUCUGGGGGCUAAGGCGGCCACUGGACAAGUUCUUAUCUUCCUUGACUCUCACUGUGAGGCCAACAUCAACUGGUUACCUCCCUUACUGGAGCCAAUAGCAGAGGACUACAAAACAGUUGUCUGCCCUUUCAUUGAUGUCAUUGAUUUUGAGAACUUUGCGUAUCGAGCCCAAGAUGAGGGGGCUAGGGGAGCGUUUGACUGGGAAUUUUUCUACAAGCGUUUACCACUUCUGGAGGAAGACUUAAAACAUCCCGCUGAACCAUUCAAGAGCCCAGUGAUGGCAGGAGGGCUGUUUGCCAUCAGUGCCAAGUGGUUCUGGGAGAUGGGAGGAUAUGACCCGGGGCUGGACAUCUGGGGAGGUGAACAGUAUGAACUCUCCUUUAAGAUAUGGCAGUGCGGUGGUAUGAUGGUGGAUGCCCCUUGUUCAAGAAUUGGACAUAUUUAUAGAAAGUUUGCCCCAUUUCCUAAUCCAGGGGUAGGGGACUUUGUAGGCAGGAAUUAUAAGCGUGUGGCUGAAGUGUGGAUGGAUGAGUACGCGGAGUACCUAUAUAAGAGGCGGCCCCACUACAGGAAUAUUGAUGCCGGAGACAUGGCCCCACAGAAGGCCAUCAGGGAGAAGCUUCACUGUAAACCAUUCAAGUGGUUCAUGGAGGAGGUUGCUUUUGAUCUGCCCAAGUAUUAUCCCCCUGUGGAGCCCCCUCCAUUUGCUAGUGGGGAGAUUCGCAGUAGAGCAGCAGAUCUGUGUUUGGAUACAAGGUACAAGGGAGCUAAUGAGAGAUUCGACCUUCAGCCGUGUGUUAAAGAUGGAAAAGGUGGAGGGGAACAGCAAUUUGAGUUUACUUGGCACAAAGACAUUCGUCCAGGCAAAAGAACAGUGUGUUUUGAUGUGUCUCAGUCCAUAAAAAAAGCCCCUGUUAUCUUGUUUAGUUGCCAUGGCAUGGGUGGCAACCAAAGGUUUAAAUAUAAUAUGGAUACAGAACAAAUUUUCCAUGUGAUAAGUAAUCAGUGUUUAGACUGUGAUACAGGGAGUCAUGAAAUAUUUAUGAAUCCUUGUGACAAAAGUUCUGACACUCAGAAAUGGAAAGUAGAACACAUACACGAAGAGGAAGUUAGAAAGGAAUGGAAGGCCAAGUAGCCGGAGUGUUAUGAUUAAGUCUUGUUAAUUAUUUAUUGUCUUACGAUUUGGUCCGUAGGACCAUUGAUACGCAAGAUCUGCCAGCAAAAUACAUGUACUUAAAUGUUAGAGGACUUAUGUCUUAGAAUUAUGGGUGUUAUAUAUUUUACGAUGUGCUAUAUUGUUCAUAAGCUUCGGUGAUAUCCAUGACAUGAAGUCAUAACUAUGCAAGCAAUAGAAUUUUCUUUGUUUAUUUCCAAGUCGUACAUUUCUUUGUUAUGUUUUCAUGUUAUUUAUUUCCUUAUUUAUAAAAAAAAAAUUGACUUACGAGGUGAAAGGUCAGUAGACAUAAUUCUGUAGAUUUCUACAUGAGGUAUUCAUAGAUUAUCUUCGAUCCCAUUGUAAAAAUUAUUUUCAGAAGUGUAUACCAUAAAACCCUCUUUAAAAAGAACAGAACAUGCUUUCUUUUCUAUUUAAUUAUGACAUGUUUUAUAAAAAUAUGCAGGUAUAUUCAGUCAUCCAUAUGAAUCAGUAUUAUAUUUGUGAACACAAUUUUAAGAAACAUUCAAUCCACACCUUUCAUUGUGUUAUUAUGUUGUUACGUGUACUAUCUAUUUAUGUGUUUCUUUAUUGUUACAGAGCAGUUUCAUCUUUAUAUACAUAGUAUAAUAUCUGUUUGAUACACUAAAUGUGUGUAUAUGAGUGUAUAGACAUUCCAUUUUAUUAGGGAGGAAGAAAUGGCAAUACAUUGUUGAAAUUUUUUUU